UUCUCCUCCCUUCCCCUCUUUCCCCAGUGCCUCCGCCGCCGGCCCGGUCUGAGCGAACUCCGAAGCUGCAGUCUCGCCAGAGAAGCCAUGUACCGGCUCCAGUCAGCCGUGACGACCCGAGCCGCGACCCUGGGAGGCUGGGCCUGGGGCUAUGGGCGGCGCGGAGCCCACUAUCGUGCCAGGCUGCCGCCGCUCGGCCCCGGCUGGGUCGGGGGCCUCGGGCUAGGGCUGGGGCUGGCGCUCGGAGUGAAGCUGGCUGGCGGGCUAAGGGGAGCAGCCCCCGCGCCAUCCCCGACAGCCCCCGACCCCGAGGUGUCGCCUCAAGUGGAGUCGCCGCCGCCGAAGGAGCAGCCCCUCGCCCCUUGGUCUCUGCAGACCCAGACGCCGCCCACCACCAGGCACUACGCGAGAGCCAUUGACAGUAGCCGUGACCUGCUGCACAGGAUCAAGGAUGAGGUGGGCGCGCCCGGCAUAGUGGUUGGAGUCUCUGUAGAUGGAAAAGAAAUCUGGUCCGAAGGUUUAGGUUAUGCCGAUGUGGAGAACCGUGUACCAUGCAAACCAGAGACAGUUAUGAGAAUUGCGAGUAUCAGCAAAAGCCUUACCAUGGUUGCUCUUGCCAAAUUGUGGGAAGCGGGGAAACUGGAUCUUGAUAUUCCAGUACAACAUUAUGUUCCCGAAUUCCCAGAAAAAGAAUAUGAAGGUGAAAAGGUGUCUGUCACAACAAGAUUAUUGAUUUCCCAUUUAAGUGGAAUUCGUCAUUAUGAAAAAGACAUGAAAAAGGUGAAAGAAGAGAAAGCUUAUAAAGCCUUGAAGAUGAUGAAAGAGAUAGAAUCUGACCAAGAAAAAGAGUUAAAAGAAAAAGGAGGCAAAAUUAAUGAAAGGAAUGACUUUGCUAAAGCUAAGAUAGAGCAGGAUAAUGAAGCCAAAGGCCGGAAUUCCAAACCUGUCAAGAAAAAAAAUGAUUUUGAACAAGGCGAAUUAUACUUGAAAGAGAAGUUCGAAAAUUCAAUUGAAUCCCUACGAUUAUUUAAAAAUGAUCCUUUGUUCUUUAAACCUGGUAGUCAGUUUUUGUAUUCAACUUUUGGCUAUACCCUGCUGGCAGCCAUAGUUGAAAGAGCUUCAGGAUAUAAAUAUUUGGACUAUAUGCAGAAAAUAUUCCAUGACUUGGAUAUGCUGACAACUGUGCAGGAAGAAAAUGAACCAGUGAUUUACAAUAGAGCAAGAUUUUAUGUUUACAAUAAAAAGAGACGUCUUGUCAACACACCUUACGUGGAUAACUCCUAUAAAUGGGCUGGUGGUGGAUUUCUGUCAACAGUGGGUGACCUUCUGAAAUUUGGGAAUGCGAUGUUGUAUGGUUACCAAGUCGGGCUGUUUAAGAACUCAAAUGAAAAUCUUUUACCUGGAUAUCUCAAACCAGAAACAAUGGUUAUGAUUUGGACACCAGUCCCUAACACAGAAAUGUCUUGGGAUAAAGAGGGUAAAUAUGCAAUGGCAUGGGGUGUUGUGGAAAAGAAGCAAACAUAUGGUUCUUGUAGGAAGCAGCGUCAUUAUGCCUCCCAUACUGGAGGUGCAGUGGGUGCCAGUAGUGUCCUGCUGAUCCUUCCUGAAGAACUGGAUGCAGAAUCUCUAUAUAACAAGGUUCCUCCAAGAGGAAUAGUUGUUUCUAUCAUAUGUAACAUGCAGUCUGUUGGACUCAAUAGCACUGCUUUAAAGAUUGCUCUGGAAUUUGAUAAAGACAGAUCAGAAACACCUUAAUAUCACAGGUGCAAAAUGAACUGUUUUUUUAAUCAUUAAAGUUCCAAAAUACAUGAGGUUUUUAAGAAUAAAUUUGUAAUGUAAGUAUAAUUGAAUGCAAAAAACUAUGUACCUCUAAUUGCUUAAUUUUGUAAUUGUCUUAUAGGGUUAAUUCUUUAUACUCAGGGAAAUAACUAUAUUGUAUUUACUUUUUGGAAAAAGAUGUUAACUCUUGAAAUAAAAUAUUCUGAUAAAAA